AUGUGUAUCGGCGACAUCCACGACGACUGGUUUUGCUGCCGUCCUUACCUCCUAUCUCUCCUCUCAUCAAUGACUUUCCAUAUGUCCCCAGACACCCACCACCUCAUCAACUCCGGAGCCUCCAAUAGCGUCAUGCGUCAAUUCCCAGGCUACCCAGUCUUACAGCCCCCACCAGCUACCAUUAUUGAAGUCCAACGAGACUACUGGGCUCUGGACAAACGGUCCAAGACUACGCGGUAUUACUAUUUUGCGGUGGAUCAGGUCAGUGGGGUGUGGUACGAAAUUGGGACUGAUAGGUGGAUGGCGUUGAGGAGCGGGAUGACGCUCCAUUCGCAUGUUAUGACUUUCUGUAGGACGCAUAGAGUGGCACAUUCUUUUCAGACGUACAAGAGCCAUGCGACAAUGCAGGAGCUGUAUCCUGGAUUUGCAAUUCCAUCUUAA